AUGGACGGCUCAUCCAAGCGGAUCGACGGUGGCGGCGCCGACAAGCCCAGCCCCGACCACGACCAGAACCAGAACGCCAGCCCCAACGUCCCGGCGUCCGCCGCCGGAGACGACGGCGCCUCUGCCGCUGCUGCUGCGGCGGCGGCGGCCGCGCCGCCCGCCGACGGGAGGCGGCCGUUCACCAGCCUCAGCCAGGAGGAGGCCGACCUCGCCCUCGCCCGGGUCCUCCAGGAGCAGGAGCCGGCGUACAUGAUGCUGACCGGCGGCGAGUACGCGAUUUCGGACGCCGGGAGCUACGACUACGACGACGAGGAGGGGGAAGAUGACGAUGGGAGCGACUACGAGGAGGAAGGGGAGGCGCUCGACGAGGACGGGCAGGUUGGGGACGCGGAAGCGGAGGGGGCCGAGGGGGAGCUGGACCUGGACCCUGCGCAGUACGAGGACGACGAGGCCUUCGCGCGGGCCCUGCAGGACGCCUAG